UGCACUGACCUAUUUUAAUUAGUUUCGCAAAUAAAACACAAAUCGUAUUCACCCACAAAACAGACAAAUUCUCGAUGUCCGGUAUUUGCAACAGCAUCAGGGUGUUCAAGGGGACUGCCAAGAUGGCGAAGUCCACCAAGUCCACGAAGUCCACGGAGAGCACAGCCGCUUCCCAAUCGAACCUAAAUGUGAACAAGUUGGAGAGAAAUGCUGGCGCCUAUGGCGAUGGACCCCACAAUAACAAUAACAACAAUAACAAUAGCAAAAGCAAGAGCAAGGGCAAGGGCAAGGGCCAGGACAAGGCCAGCACCAACAAGAGCAGCAAUAAGAGCAAGAGCAGUCUCAGUUCCAGCAAGAGCAGCAAGAGCAGCAACAGCAGAAUCAGCUAUGGCCCAAACAGAGCCGAAAUAAGUAACAUCAAUAAUAUCCAAAAUGAUCCGGUGGCUCUACAUUUUCAGGAGCGCGUGCUCCGCACCUCCGAUAUACGUCAGCUGCAAGGACCCUAUCCUCUCGGCGAGCGUCUGGUCACCUUCUACUACGCCUAUCUACAAUUCCGGCGGUUCAAGACGGUGGCAUCGGAAGUGGCAUUCCUCUCACCCACCACAGUUCAAUGUCUGCGCAACAUGGAGCCACGUCUUCUGCGCACCAUGAUACGUGAACUGGACCUGGAGUCGAAGAAUUUCAUUCUAAUGCCACUCAUCCGCAAAGGACACUGGUCACUGUUGAUGCUAUCCCGACCCGAUCGAAAGUGCGUCCACUACGAUUCGCGGGAUCAUUACAAUGACGAGUUGGCCCGCCAGUUGUGGGACCGUGUGCGCGUUUUGUUGGGCGCCGACCAAUCUCCCCUAGUGGUGGGGCGCUGUCUGCAGCAGCGCUACGAGUACGAGGCUGGUUGCCACAUGAUGUGCAUGACCAACUUUGCGGUCGAUUACUGCCUCCGCUGCGGCUAUGCCAGCUGCUCGCUGCUUGUUUCCGAGGAUCAAGUGGGCUCCAUGCGCACUACUCUGCUGCAGCUGAUCCAGUCGUUGGGCGGGAAUGUGAGCGGCAGCACCAGCGGCAGCAGCAGCAGCAGCAUUUAG